GGCUCGGGUAGGCUAUAAGGGGACUUUCCACUUGGAAAAGCAGCUACUUUCGGUUUUAGUUCGAUACAGCACAACCCCUUCAACAGGCAGCCGCAGCACCUUAUUUUUUAUUUCGAUGUAGAUUAAAGCCAAUUCUGAAGGAUUUGCAUGGAAGAUUUUAACUCUGGAAGAUAAUCCAUAUUCCGGUAGCUCAAGGUUGAGUGUCGAAAACACAGAAACAGUUGGGAUGCAGAAAAUGAGUAUGUUGUCGCCACUCCUCUAUCUGUUUGUGGAUAUGUGUGCGGUGUGGGCGAUCGGUAUGUGCCACCUUUCCCCACUCCUCCUCCCCCACCCCUUCAUCACCCUGUGGGGUGGAGGUCUUUUCCGUGCCUGCCUCUUUCUCUUUCUCACCGCUACCUACCCUGGGACCAUACCAUGGAUGAGCAGCCUGGAGGGAGUCCAGACUAUGGGAGUACUUUGCUCUCUCUACCCAGUCUACAUUAGCCUUCUCUGGACGUUUGGAGUUUCCACCCUGGAUCAGCUAUGGGGAUGGCACUCAUGGCAAGGGCUUUUACAGAGCUAUGGCGUGACAGCUGUGGCCUGGUUAUAUUGGACGCGCUACGUCCCGACUCUAUCCAGUAAGAUCACUGAGGAACCUGAAAAGACUGGGUCCUCGCUGCAGAGGCUGCUGGGAUACAUGAAGCCCUACAUGAUACGUUUUGGAGGGGUGCUCUUUCUUGUGGUCAUCUCGUCACUUGGUGAGAUGGCGAUUCCACAUUACACUGGCCGUAUGACAGACUGGAUUAUGAAUGAAGAUGAGCCUGAAGCCUUUUCUUAUGCUAUCACAAUUAUGACAGUCAUCACCAUCUCCAGUGCCCUUUCUGAGUUUGUGUGUGACCUCAUCUACAAUAUCACCAUGAGCCUUAUACACACCUCUGUACAGGGCUUGGUCUUUCAGUCUGUUCUAAAACAAGAGAUUGCAUUCUUUGAUAGUAAUAAAACAGGUGAGAUAGUGUCACGCAUCACCACGGACACUAACACGAUGAGUGAAUCUUUGAGUGAGAAGUUGAGCUUGCUUAUGUGGUAUUUUGCCCGGAUUAUUUUCCUUUUUGGCUUCAUGCUCAAUCUCUCCUGGAAGCUGUCCCUUUUCACUGCCAUGGGACUCCCCAUCAUCCUUGUCAUUCCAAAGAUAUCAGGAAAGUUCCACCAGGCACUUUCCAAAAAGGUUCAAGAGUCUCUAGCUAAGGCCAAUCAUGUUGCCACGGAAACAUUCUCCUCCAUCAAGACAGUGAGGAGCUUUGCCAAUGAGGAAGGUGAAACAGAAAGAUACAAAAAAAGCUUGGAGGACACUUACACUCUCAACAAAAAGGAAGCUGCUGCCUAUGCAGCUUCCACCUGGACCAAUAGUAUGUCAAGCCUGGCACUUAAGGUCAGUAUCCUGUACUAUGGUGGGAUGCUGGUAACGAGAGGGGACGUCAGCAGUGGAGACUUGGUGUCUUUCGUUCUGUAUGAGCUCCAGUUCUCUUCUGCUGUGGAGGUUUUGAUGUCAUACUAUCCACACGUGAAGCAAGCAAUUGGUGCAUCUGAGGAGAUAUUUGAGUACAUGGACAGAAAGCCCCAAGUUCCUCCAGAAGGGUCUUUGGCCCCCAAAACACUUAAGGGCCAUGUUGAAUUCAAGAAUAUCACAUUUGCUUAUCUUGACAAAGAAAAAAACGACAAAACUACACUGAAGAAUCUGUCUCUGGAGCUGAAACCAGGCAAGAUUACUGCUCUGGUGGGUCUGUCUGGUGCAGGAAAAAGCACCUGUGUCAGUCUUCUGGAAAGGUUUUACCAACCCCAGGAAGGAAUGAUUCUGCUAGAUGGAGAGCCCCUAAAUAGCUACAAUGACCAGUACCUACAUGACAAGAUCAGCGUGGUGAGUCAGGAGCCAGUGCUGUUUGCCCGUUCUGUCAAAGAGAACAUCAAAUAUGGAUGUGAGGGCAUGUCGGAUGAAGAAAUGCACCGUGCUGCAGAGCAAGCCAAUGCCCACAAAUUCAUUUCUGAACUGCCCAAUGGCUAUGACACAGAUGCUGGGGAGAAGGGGGGACAGGUGUCAGGGGGGCAGAAGCAGCGAAUUGCCAUCGCCAGAGCUCUGAUAAGACAACCUCGGGUACUGGUGCUGGAUGACGCCACCAGUAACCUGGACACCGAAAGCGAGCACAUGGUGCACCAAGCCCUGCUGAAGGACAGUAAUCGUUGUACAGUGCUAUUGAUUGCCCAAAAGAUGAGCUCAGUGGAGAAAGCCAGCCAUAUUGUUGUUCUCAAGGAGGGAGAAGUCUAUGAGGAGGGGGGCCAUGAUGAACUCAUGAAGAAUGAUGGGUUCUAUGCAGAAUUGGUGAGGAAACAGAACAUUGGCUUUCAGCGUAAAGACGAGGGGAUGGAAAUUGGAAAUGCUUAGACACUCAAGUCUUUUGUUGAUUUUUCUUUUUCAAAUCCAAUUUCUAGUUUCAAGUUCUAUUGCUCCAUAUGUAUAUAAUCUCAUAUCAUCACCAAAUUGUUGCAACUCCAUCAGCUACAUAACAUACUGUACAUCAGAAGAAAAACCUGGACAACAUCUUGCUAAAUUAUAUAAUUUUAUAAAGUAUUUAAAUUCCAAAAUGCAUUUAUUUUUAAUUGUGUGUUGGCUGCAAAGUUUAUAUUUCCUAAACACUGAUCGUAAAUAGGUAUAAUUCCAUUGAGUAAUUUUACUGUAAAGAUGAUUCCCCUUUUUUUCUAAAUUUGUGUUUCAAAUAAACAUUUCUAACAUUUU